AUGGCUUCACAAACACCUCUUCGGAUCGUCAUCGUUGGCAGUGGCAUCGCAGGACUAGCAUCUGCUAUUGCCUUACGAGGCCCGAAUCGCGAGAUCACCAUUCUUGAACAAUCACGACUGUCGUCAGAGAUUGGCGCAACGAUUUCUCUUCAGCCAAAUGCGACACGCAUUAUAAAGGAAACAUGGGGCGUCAACGAUCUCUUGGAAGCUUCAAAUGGCAUGGUGGAUAGUGGAUUCCGUAUCUUUAAUUCGGAUGGCAAAAUGGUUAACGAAAUUCCGUUGCUCGUACAAAAGAAAUAUGGAGCUGACCGCAUCAUGUGGCAUCGACAAGACUUGCAUGCACAACUCACCAAGGUCGUCAAAGACCCUGUGAGAAGUGGACCAGUUCCUGUAUUGCAGACCUCUUCCCGUGUUGUCGACUGCGAUUGCGAGGCGGGACUCAUCAAGUUAGAAGGUGGAGAAAAAAUUCAAGCAGAUAUCAUCAUCGGCGCCGACGGCAUACACAGCGUUUUGCGACCUCUAGUAGCAGGAGAGGAAACCAAGCCCAAGCCUACAGGCACUUCAUGCUAUCGACUCAUGAUGACUUCACAAGAAAUCCGAGAAAAAGCACCAGAAUUCGCAGCCCACAUCAAUCCCUCCGAGCCUUACACAUCAAUGUUCAUGGCCCACAACUGCCGCCUCAUUAUGGGCCCCGCCCGCAACGGCGAAAUAUUCAGCGUCGUUGCUCUCGUCCCUGACGACAAAAUGAACGAAGACCCCGACAAAGCACAAUCAUGGGUGACAGAAGGCGACCCACAAAAGAUGCUCGAGACGUUCAAAGACUUUCCAGAAUGGACUAAAGACAUGCUCAAGCUCCCCGACCGCAUCGGUCUCUGGCAACUUCGCGACAUCGAUCCGCUGGAUACCUGGGUCCGCGGCCGCGUCAUCCUCAUCGGCGACGCAGCACACGCCAUGCUACCCACGCAGGGUCAAGGCGCGAGUCAGGCGAUCGAGGAUGCAGAGGCUCUUGGUGCAUAUCUUAACACUCUAAAAGGGCUACCAGCCAAGUCAGAAGAGAUAACGGCAUGCUUGAACCAGGUGUUUGAAGCGCGAUAUGAGCGUGCGAGUUUGAUCCAGAAGUUCAGUCGUGACUCGGCGAAGCCGGCGACGGAGAAGGGGAGUAGCGAGAUUAAGAUGCGACCGGAUGAGUUUAUGGAUUAUAAUUUCCAGUAUAAGGGGGCGGUGGAGUGGCAGAAGUCGAGGGCUGUUAGUUCGACUGCAUGA